CUCGCUCCACGCCCGCUGGCGGCUGGAGUUUGCGCUCCCGGGCUGGGGGCUCGGCUCGGCGGCGCGACACCCCGGGAUGGGGGCUCCGCGCUGGGCGCGGCUCUGCCUCCUGCUCGUGGCGGCGGUAACGCUCUGGGUGCUCCUGUGUGGGCACGACCGAGACACGCAGGCUUCCCCGAAGCCCAGCCUGCUGCAGCACGAGUUGCUACUGUUGGUGCCUGGAGGGAUGUCCAGAAAUGCCGGGAGCCAUGGCCUGAGCAGAGAAAGCAGCAUGGACAGAGGGAAGCCAUCUAAAUAUUCUUCUGAGCCUGGCAAGGCUAAACCCACCAAGGAACAGGCGAGCUCGUGCCCCCAGUCACUGAUGUCAAUAGUGAAGGCGGACCCCAGGUUCGGGAAGCUGUUUAGAUUCCACGUCCCAGUGCUGAUGUGGGCACGGCACUUCACCAAGGAGACGCGGGACAGGCUGAAGGAGCGCAGUGUCCCGUAUGGCUGGCAGGGCUUGUCCGACACAGCCAUUGCCUCCACCUUGCAUCUGCUCAAUGACUCUGCCAACAGCUGGCUGUUUGACAAAACCAGGUUCCCUGAAGGCUGCGUCCGCUGUGCCGUGGUCGGGAACGGAGGGAUUCUCAAUGGAUCUCGGCAAGGCAUGGAGAUAGAUGCCCAUGACUUUGUUUUCAGGCUAAAUGGGGCAGUGAUCAAAGGCUUUGAAGAUGACGUCGGGACCAAGACGUCGUUCUAUGGUUUCACAGUGAACACAAUGAAGAAUUCCCUGAUCGCCUACGGAGAGUACGGCUUCACCCAGAUACCCCAGUCCAAGGACCUGCGGUAUAUUUUCAUCCCCUCGGACAUACGUGAUUACGUCAUGCUGAAGUCAGCCAUACUGGGCAGCCGUGUCCAAGAGGGUUAUGACAAAGGUGAUGACCCACGGACGUAUUUUGGACCAGAGGCAUCUGCAAAAAAGUUCAAGCUGCUGCACUCAGAUUUCAUACAUUAUCUAACAGUGAGAUUUCUGAGAUCUGAAAUAAUAAAUACUCAAUAUGGGUAUCUCUACAUGCCCAGUACCGGUGCCCUCAUGCUACUGACAGCCCUACAUACCUGUGACCAGGUCAGUGCCUAUGGAUUUAUCACGGACAAUUACCGAAAGUUUUCAGACCACUAUUACGAGCGGAAGAAGAAGCCUCUUGUGUUCUAUGCCAACCAUGACAUGCUGCUGGAGGCGGAGCUGUGGAAGAGCCUGCACAGGGCAGGCAUCAUGAAGCUGUAUCAGCGGUGAGGCUAGGUGGCAUGUCCCUUGGACUCCUGCUGUAACAAGCCAUCCUUCUCUUCCCCAUGGGCUCCCUUCUCCCUGGCAGGGGCCAUGUAGAAUUCAUGGGCAACCGUGGCAAACUGAGAGCUCACCCAAAGCUAGCCUUACAAGCUGGAGCAGAUGGAGAUUGCAUGAAUUGCAAGGCUGCCUUCUGCGAGCCAGGGUGCUGCCUGGAGGAUUCUGUUCAGAUGUUGCUGAGAUGGCAAAGCAAGUGUGGAGAGGUCUCUCUCCAGGGAACCUUCUGCUUGGCUUGAGACAACAGACCCUGCCUUUGUCCCAGAAAUGCCCAGGUUCCUUCCAUCAGAUACUGACACCAGGAAAUGAAAAGGGAAUUUCAGAAGCAAUAAGCCUGAAUGUUCGAUGCACAUCUCCCAAAGGGGCAUGAUGGCCCUAAGAGAAGAUGCUUGCUCACCAGCACAUUCCAGUUUCCCAUCACCUUCCUUUGAGUAUUAUAUGCUGAGCACAGAGCUUGGAUGUGGAAAAUACCCAGCCUGCUGUUUCUCACCUUUAUCAUGCACAAGGGUCUGCCAUAACCUUGAGGAGCCUAACUUGUUGUGUUCAAAAUCUUCAUGGUGGGAUAUAUCACAGCCACUAUCCUAUAGCUGAGGAGACCUGGAUGGAGCUUGUGGACAUUGCUCGUCAAUAGACUGGGUGGGUAGGUGAAGAGCAUUGUGGCCGGGCAGCCUAAGGCCCCCGAGCCACCACAUGCACAUACACUCCACUUUCCAGACAGAUCUCCCCUCACUAGCAACAUACGGCAGAGGCUGCCUGCACUCUCCAGCCACACUCCUGGGGCUUUGGCUCCACAUUAGGUGAACAGAGGUUCACAUUGACACAUGAGGGUGGGGUUGUCACAGCUUAAUUAGCCCCUCCCUGCAGUAAAUUGGGGCAGGUGGACCUGAUCAAAUGGGAGGCAUUGGGUGAGACUCCAUGCAUUAUUUUGCAUUGCAAACCUCGGGGGCCGGUGUAUAUUCAGAGGAAGGCCUCCAGCCCUUGUGCAGAUGUAUGGAACCCACCCCUCCAUUACUUAAAACUAAAUGCUCAUCAAAGCUAAAUAAAAAACCCACCUAGCCAGCAAUAAGGAGGGAACAUUUUUUAACCUGAAGCUACAUUUUGUAAGUUAAUUACAGGUAACUAGGAAGAGUAGAUCAAUAGGUUGGUUUUGUUCUACAGGGAGGUUGUAAUGACUAGUGAUGGAUGGAUGCUAAAGCACAAUGGAGAAGUGUAAUUUGAAACACUUUCCCACUUUGUAUAAUUAUAUAAAUGUUGAAUGAUCUUAUGUUUUGGCUUGUGGUGGAGAAUAGGGGUAGAAUAUGACUGGCAGAGGCUAGCACUGAAAGCAGAGCAACAAUAUAAUGCGUGUCUGGCCAUCAGAGGAUUGCAGGGAUUAUACUGGGGGAAGAGGUUGGUACUGCUGCAGUGAAUUUCUACACAGGAGGGGAGAGUGAACAGUUCUGAACUCCAUGAACAACAAGUGCUGGUAAAGGCUGAUGAAAGUGAUCCUAACACGCACACAGGCAGGGGCUCCAGCACCUUCUUGCUUUGCUCUGAGCCCAAGAAUUAACAUUUAAAAAAAACAACAGUUUAUUUGGCCCACUCAUCCUUGUAGAACAGCACUCGGCACUGCAGAUUGUAUAGGGGAACAGCUAGGACACAAGACUAGGUGUCAGGAUACCCAGAAACUCAACCUAGCUAUGCCACUGUGUCUGAUCUCAGCUUCGAUUUUCUGUAUUUUAAGAUACAGAAAAUAGCAAUGUUCAGACUGACUCAUUCCAUACCUGUACAGCACAUACAUUAUCCGCACUUAACAGAUGGGGGAACAGAGACCAACCUGAAUUGUCCAAGUCCACAUCAGUGCCCACCAUGAAUGAUCUAGAACUUUUAGCUCAGUUAGGGAAUAGUUUUACUAAACCCUACUGGUGCAAGGUCUCUUGCUUCUGUAGGGGUUGGUUAGUCAUUGAAGGCUAUAGCCAUGUCUGGAAAAAAAGCCCCAGUGUGGACGGUCUUACAUUCUCAAAACCCUAUAAAGUGCUGCAUGUUACUAGCUUUUUCUAUACCCUAGUGAUAUAGCCUUUUAGUAAUGGGGGACUUGCUCUUCACCUUGCAGUCACAUAGUAUAGAGUCUGACAUAUAGGUGAAUGAGUCCAAGCAGCCCUCUUAACUUUGGGUUUAGAGCAUCACUGAAACUCAGACACUUGACAUUUUUAAUGAUUUAUUUCUGAAAGAUAAAAGCUCCUUGGUCAACAGCACUCUUCUUCUCCAGCCAGCCCUGCUGGGGGAAAAAACAAGACAGGAGCUAGUCAGUAAAGAAAGACAUUAACAACCCCUUUUCUUCUGUGCUGUCAAAUGUAUUGCAAAAAAUCAGAGUAGGGAGGUGGCCAAGCGCCAAGGACACAAACGAGCCAUCCAUCUUAUUUUACUGGGAAUACAAAAGAUCAUUUGAGGAAGUUGGCAAGACUUAACUGAAAUGAUGGAUAGAUCAGUUCUUGCUCUAUUACUGACUGGCAUGAUAAAGACCUGCACUUCAUCAGAUGCAAGGUUGGUCCUGUCAUUGUCACAGCUAGUCUCACUGGAGCCAUGUUCCUAGCACGCCAAGCAAUCCCUUUUCCCCACUUCUAAGACCCAUUCUCACCUUAACAGACACCACGGAGCUGUGUCAAACUCAACAGUGAAGAGGAAACCCUGCAGUUACCCAAAAGUGACUUCACCAGCACAUAUCAGGUACAACCAAAUGAGAACUACUGAUAAACGAGGACUAUACAGAGACAGCAGCAUUCUGAAGUUAGAGACUUAUCAAAGUCAACUGACAUGCAAAGUCUGCAAAAAACAACUGUAUCUAGAUAUGGCAAAUAAGAGGUGCUGAAACAGUUCCUGAAUUUCCACAAGUACUGAACACUGUUUACUUUUAUUUUCUAUUUCUAGCCUCUCUCUCUCUCAUUUUACUUGCAGCCUGGGAGCAGACAGCUCCAGUUUUUCCCACCCCAUAAAUUAUGCCUUCUAAUUAAACAAAUCCUGACUUUG